AAAAUGAAGACGAGUCUCUACUGCUCUCCUAUGUAGUUGCAAAUCCUCUUCAAGUAAAAAUCACUAAUUGAUCAAUUUUUUUCUGUGUUGAUACCGCCACUUAUCUUUCUUCACAAACAUCACACCCCCAACACCAAAAGGAUUUCCAUUCCUGUAUCUCUCUCUCUGCUCUAUCAAGAUAUUCUUCUUCAAAAGGUGAACAGAGUCAGAGAGAAUGUGGAAGCUGAAGAUAGCAGAAGGAGGGCCAUGGCUGACCUCCGUUAACAAUUUCGUGGGCCGGCAGCACUGGGAAUUCGAUCCCGACGCCGGUACACCGGAAGAACGUGCCGAAGUCGAAAGGGUCCGCCAGGAGUUUAAGAAGAACCGCCAUCGCAACAAACAGAGUGCUGAUCUUUUGAUGAGGAUGCAGCUUACAAAAGAAAAUCCAUGCGGCCCAAUUCCUCCACCAGUGAAAGUGAACGAAACAGAGGAGUUGACAGAGGAAGCAGUGACAACCACUGUGAGAAGGGCUCUCAGCUUCUAUUCCACCAUUCAGGCACAUGAUGGCCAUUGGCCUGCUGAAUCUGCUGGCCCUUUGUUUUUCCUUCAACCUCUGGUCUUGGCAUUGUAUGUCACGGGAUCAAUGAAUGCUGUUCUAGGACCAGAACACCAGAAGGAAAUAAUCCGUUAUCUAUAUAAUCAUCAGAAUGAAGAUGGAGGUUGGGGAUUCCACAUCGAGGGUCACAGCACAAUGUUUGGCACAGCUCUAAGCUACAUUUGCUUGAGGUUACUUGGAGAGGAUCCAGAUGGUGGUGAGGACAUGGCUAUGACUAAAGCCCGGAAUUGGAUUCUUGACCGUGGCGGUCUCAUUGGAAUUCCAUCCUGGGGAAAGUUUUGGGUUACGGUGCUUGGUGUGUAUGAGUGGGCAGGCUGCAACCCACUGCCCCCUGAGUUCUGGCUUCUACCCAACAUUUCUCCAGUUCAUCCAGGCAAAAUGUUGUGCUACUGUCGCUUGGUUUACAUGCCUAUGUCUUACUUAUAUGGAAAGAGAUUCGUUGGUCCCAUCACUGACUUGAUUCUUUCCUUGAGACAAGAGCUCUACACUGGGCCUUAUGAUCAAAUAAACUGGAACAAAGGCCGAAAUACUGUUGCCAAGGAGGAUCUCUACUAUCCUCAUCCUCUGGUGCAAGAUAUGGCUUGGGGAUUCCUUCACAAUGUUGCGGAGCCAAUUCUGCAACGUUGGCCUUUUUCUUUGCUGAGAGAGAAGGCACUAGAGAAAGCAAUCGAACAUGUACAUUAUGAGGAUGUAAACAGCAGAUACCUCUGCAUUGGAUGUGUAGAGAAGGUGUUAUGUUUGAUUGCUUGCUGGGUUGAAGAUCCAAAUUCAGAAGCAUACAAGCUUCAUCUUGCCAGAAUUCCGGAUUACUAUUGGCUUGCUGAAGAUGGCUUGAAAUUUCAGAGUUUUGGGUGUCAGAUGUGGGAUGCUGCUUUUGCAAUUCAAGCGAUUAUUGCCUGUAAUCUUAAUGAAGAGUAUGCAACAAUGCUCCGAAAAGCACAUGACUUUGCCAAGGCUUCACAGGUUCGAGACAAUCCUGCUGGAAACUUCACUAAAAUGUACAGACACAUUUCUAAAGGUGCAUGGACAUUCUCGAUGCAAGAUCACGGUUGGCAAGUCUCUGAUUGCACUGCUGAAGGACUAAAGGCAACAUUGUUGUUCUCACAAAUAUCACCAGAUUUAGUUGGAGAGAAAAUGGAAACUGAACGCUUCUAUGAUGCUGUAAACGUCAUUCUUUCCCUUCAGAGUCCCAAUGGUGGUUUCCCUGCAUGGGAGCCCCAACGAGCAUUCCGCUGGUUGGAGAAAUUCAAUCCCACAGAGUUCUUCGAAGACACCCUUAUUGAGACAGAGUACGUAGAGUGCACUUCGUCUGCGAUUCAAGGUCUGGCACUCUUUAGGAAAUUAUAUCCCAAGCACAGAAGAAGGGAAAUAGACAGCUGCAUAGCAAGAGCAUUGGGUUACCUUGAAGACACACAGAAUCCUGAUGGUUCAUGGUAUGGUUGCUGGGGAAUUUGCUAUACAUAUGGUACAUGGUUUGCCGUAGAGGGUUUAGCAGCCUGUGGGAAGACCUACAAAAACUGCCCCACCCUGCGUAAAGCUUGUGAGUUUUUAUUGUCAAAGCAAGUUCCUGAUGGUGGAUGGGGAGAGAGUUACCUUUCCAGCCAAAAUAAGGUAUACACAAAUCUAGAAGGUGAUCGUUCAAAUGUGGUUCACACUGCAUGGGCAGUAUUAUCUCUUAUUAAAGCUGGGCAGGCUGACAUAGAUCCAACUCCUAUACAUAGAGGAAUAAAGGUAUUGAUCAAUGACCAAAUGGAAGAUGGUGACUUCCCUCAGCAGGAAAUCACUGGAGUCUUCAUGAGGAACUGCACAUUAAACUACUCUUCAUAUAGAAAUAUCUUUCCGAUUUGGGCCCUUGGAGAGUACCGCCGCCGCGUCUUGUUUGCAUAAUUAAAGCGUUAUAAACACAAGGAGCAGGCAAUACACACUGGCACUCCAAAUUUCCAAGUUUUCUUCAAAAUGGCUUGUUCAGAAAGAUGGUCAUAUAUAUAUAUAUAUAUAUAUAUAUAUAUAUAUAUGUACACAUACAUAAUGUUGUAGAUACAACAAUGCCACUAUGGAAUUAGUAUAAGCACCUACUCGUUGCAGUACGUGCUCUAAAGUUCAAAAGGUGAACAAUAUAUAUACAUAACUACUCAUCGUGCAUGCCUUAUAUUGAUUUCCUCUGUAAUAUAGUGAUGUCUUUAUUUUUAAAAGCUUGCUGUAUACGCACCUUCCUAAUUAAGUGAUAUUUUCAAUGAGAAAUACGUUACUUUCAUUCA